AUGUCCUAUUUCCAAAUUUUAGAAAAUCUUGAACAUGAUGAACAAAACAUUCUUAAUGAUGUUUGGUAUAUAAUAGCUGCAGUAGUUAUAAGUUCAGUGAACAAGCCAAACGACAUUCAAAUUGUUUAUCAAGUUAUUUCUGAUAAAAUCGAUAAAAUGAAUCAUUUAUCAAAAGAAGAAAAGAAUCAACUUUUUGCUAAAAUUAUAUUAAGAUUAAGGGAAGCUAUACUUAAGAGUUUUGUUAUUAUUGGGUUUCCAAAGACAAUAAAUACACUACAACAAUUAGCUAAUAUUACCCCUGAUAAUAUAAAGACAUUGCUACCUACAAAGCCAAUCAGACAUACAGAUAAAGUGCUUAAAAAUAUGUAUAAUACACAUCCUGACUUGGCACAAACAGCAUUAAAUCAAUUAUAUGGACCUAUAUUAAGUGAAACUUCUAUCUUAAACGCUAAGGAUACAAGUUUAAUAACUGUAGCAGGAUUAAUGAUUCAAGAUAUACCACUUCAACUUGUAGGUCAUAGUCAUGGAGCUAUUCAUAAUGGAGCAAGCAAAGAUGAUUUAAUGAGAGUUGAAGCCAUUGUUUCUAUUUUAGCGGACUAUUAUCAAUGCUAUUCAAUCGCUAAAUUAUAA